GCGACAUAUAUUGCUCUUCACAGUAAGUUCUCCCAUAGGGCACCAUAUUCAUCUGUGUAGCAUGGUGCCAUGUGUGUUUGGAGAAGAAGAUAUAGUGAUACCAUGUCUUGAAAAGGAGAGCUAUCGGUUUACAGAACAGGCUACAGCUAUCCUGAAAGCUAUUGGAAAUGUGAUAGAUAAUUUCAGCAGUAAGCCUGAGCUUUCUAAAGCCUUGAAGGAGUUAGAACUAACUCACUGUCCUCCUGGCCUCCAUGGUACUGGAAUGGCUGAAGAACACUUCAAGGUUUUCAAUAGUGUAUUUUGGUGUUUGAUCAAAAAUGUAUUGGGCAAGAAGGCUCCCUACAGCUGUAAAUUUGCAUUCAGGUCCUUCACUCUGGAUUUUGACAACACUGAGGUUUCUGAGGAUGACAUUGUGUCUUCAGAGAGUUGUCUGAAGAAUCCCCUUGGUAGUUGGCAGAGCCAAAUUCCCACUUCAGAAGAAGCAGCAGCAACUCUUAAACUUCAAGCCAUCUGGAGAGGGACCUAUGUUAGGAAAGUACUGAACAGCAGAAAACCAGGUACCAAAGAAAAUGCUAAUGUCCAAGAAACUUUGCAAAACCUGUGGACUGCAAUUGAGUUAAAUUUUGAACAGUGUGCCGUAAUGUUGUUAAGAGAAAUGUUUAAAAGAAACUGUAAGUCAAUUGAAAAGUUUCCUUGUUAUGAAGAUGAAUGGUGUAAGAUGUCUUUUGCUGACUAUAAUGGAUCGUAUGCUGAUCAGCCACCAAAUACAUGGUUUAUGCUUUUUAGAGAAAUAUUUUUUGUUCCAGAAGACAUGCUUAUAGUGCCAAAGAUGUAUACCACUAUCCCUUCCUUUAGACUUCAUGUUGUUGAUAAUGACACACUGCAGGAAAUGCCCCAUGUCUUUUUCAAAGUGGCGCCUUGUGUUUAUCCCAAAAAUAAGAAAGGAUACACAUUUAUGGCUGAAGCUCGUACUGGUGACCUACCUGUGGCAGCUGGAAAAUGGAGGCUCCGGCUUAUUGGUUCUCACAGUCCACUCCCAUUUCUCUCUCGUGAAGCUGUAUAUAACAUCUAUUCUAUUAAAGAAAUUAGAGAGUAUUACAUACCCAAUGACGAGCACAUAAUGUUCAGGUAUUCAGUAAAAGCUGCAGCAUCACAUAUUGCUACGGUGCAGGUCCAAACCUCUAAACCAGAUGUGUUCGUUAAACUACAAGUCCUAGAUAAUGAAGAAGAAAUUUCGAGUGUCACAGGAAAGGGACAUGCAGUCAUCCCUACUUUUAAUUUCUUGAGUAAUGAAAUGCUUUCGAGUUCUCAAUCAAGCAAGAUUAGUCAAAGUAGUACAAAGAAGGAAUCAGAAAUGAAAGGAUCCAAAAAAAAAGUUCAUAAUUCAUCUUCAAAGGAUGCCAAAACUUCUUUCAAGGCAGGACAUGUACGAGAAGGUCCACCUGCAUUAGAAGAUGAAUCUUCCAUCUUGGAAACCUUUCAAAAUAAGGAUGGAAGUCCACAACAAUCUCACAAGUAUAUCAUACAAGCACUGGUGCUGUAUAAUAGUUGGCCACUUAAAGAGAGUCAGUCUCUAUUUGUUCAGGAACUGAAAGAAAUGGAGAAAGCUGAAAGCAAAGUACAUGGGGAAAAGCAUGGGGAGCAUAGCUUUCCUCUAACGCUCAAUCUUUCUGAAGUACAUAAGUCUGCAAGUUUUCAUAAAACAACCAGAAAAACAAAAGAUAAAGCACCUGAGAAGACAGAAAAAGAGAAAUCCAAUAAAGAAAGAAAAGGAUCAGUUCUAUCUGUUGUAUCUCCACCUGAAUCUCAGCAAGCUGCUUCAAACAAACCAUACUGGACAUUACGUCUAGUUAGUGAACAGAGAGAGGCAGACAUUCUGGAGGUGAAGAAAGACACACAGCGAGCAGAUGAGAUUAAAGCCAUGAAACAAGCAUGGGAGUCUGCAGAGCCAGGAAGAGCUAUCAAGGCUUUUCAGGAACGCAUGCGGUUUAUUAAUAAGUUUGCUGUGAGAGAUUCAGAGGAGCCGACAGAUGAGACUGAGACUGCCAGUGUAACACUUAGUUCAGGAGAAAGAGGUAAGGAUUCUCUUACCACAGGAAAGAAAACAUCACAGGCAGAUACUGAUUCAAGCUUACAAAUACAGCAAAACAAAUGGGAGCCUAUAGACCUUAGUCCCUACAUGAGAAAAACAAUGUCAGAGCCUGUGCUGAGAAAUGAGUUUAUCAUUCAACAGCAAGAGAUACAUAAAGCAGAAAAAAUCAAGCAUUUUAAGGAACUUCGAGAGCUGGCUUUGGAACAAAGGAAACAAGAACAAAAUGACAGAGCUUUGCUGAAGAAAAAUAUACUUGAAAUGUAUGAGAAUCUGCAGGCAUCCUUAGAUGAAGGACGAGAAAAAAUUCACAAUAUUCGGGAAGCGUACCGAAAUGAGCUGCUAGAGGCUGAGCGCAGAAAACAAGAAGAGCUGGCAGCUCAGGAAGCAGCCCUGCAAGCAGAGCAAGAUGCACUCAAGAAAAAGCUUAAAAAAAAUACAGGGAAAAAAAA